UGUGCGUGGUGGAGGUUAUGUUGGUGUGUGUGAAAAAGUGACAAGAGACUUGCAAAAGCCAACGUCGAGGUUGGAAAAUAAAUUGCACAAUUUGUGUGGGAAAAAGAAGAGAACUCGGGAAAAUAGCCCCAUAGAGACUUCCUUGGUGUGCCCAAGUGUUUGCCAACGGUGCACAAGAGCAUUGAGCGUUGCGGCAAAGUGGGAAAAAAGUGGGUGCAAAAAAGGUCCGUGAGUGUGGUGUGAAAAAAUGUUGCCAUUUUUGUCGCCCGUCGUGAAGCGACUUCUCGUUUGGAAGAAGGGAAAUGAGAAUUCCGAUGAGAUGAAAUGGGCCGAGAAGGCUGUAAAGAGUCUCGUGAAGAAGCUGAAGAAGUCCGAGGCGCUUGAGGAGCUGGAGAAGGCCAUCUCGACACAGAACUGCAACACCAGAUGUAUCACAAUUCAGAGAAGCCGACCAUUGAAUGGAGAGAAUGGAAUUACGCCGCGCAAGGGAUUACCUCAUGUAAUCUACUGCAGACUAUGGCGCUGGCCGGAUUUGCAGAGUCAGAAUGAAUUGAGACCAUUGGAGCAUUGUGAAUAUGCGUAUCACCUGAAGAAGGAUGAAGUUUGCAUAAAUCCCUAUCACUAUACAAAAGUGGAGACACUGUCGAUUUUGGUGCCUAAAUCUCUGCCCAAUACCGGAGUGGAUUCCGUGUGUCAGUACCCAUUGGAUGAUCUCAGUAACACCGUUCCUCACAAUAUACAAUUUACGAAUGCAUUGAGGUGAGGCGGGAUGCUGUUGAUUGAAAAAAAAAAUGCGUCAUAUAUGGACGCUACACUCGGGCAACAGAUUCCUGGCAAUACGAUGAUUGAUUCAACGAGCUUGAGCGUGGGUAGUGUUGGGAGUAUUCCCAAUACGGAGACACCGCCCCCUGGCUAUAUGUCUGAAGAUGGUGACCCCAUGGAUCAAAAUGAUAAUAUGAGUCUAUCGAGAAUAACUCCAAGUCCACCACUUGAUGCUCAACCCGUACUGUAUCAUGAACCAGCUUUCUGGUGCUCCAUCAGCUACUAUGAGCUCAAUACGAGGGUCGGAGAGACUUUUCAUGCGUCCCAACCGUCAAUAACAGUCGAUGGAUUUACAGAUCCAUCAAAUUCAGAGAGAUUUUGUCUGGGCUUACUCUCAAAUGUUAAUCGCAAUGAAGUGGUGGAACAAACGAGGAGACACAUUGGCAAAGGGGUUCGCCUCUACUACAUUGGGGGUGAGGUAUUUGCUGAAUGCUUAAGUGACUCAAGUAUCUUUGUACAGAGCCCAAAUUGCAAUCAACGAUACGGCUGGCAUCCGGCGACUGUUUGCAAAAUCCCACCAGGUUGCAAUUUAAAAAUUUUCAACAAUCAGGAAUUUGCAUCCCUUCUCUCGCAGUCAGUGUCACAGGGUUUUGAGGCAGUUUAUCAGCUUACACGAAUGUGCACAAUUAGGAUGUCCUUUGUGAAAGGAUGGGGUGCUGAAUAUAGGAGACAAACUGUGACAUCAACACCAUGUUGGAUUGAAUUGCAUUUGAAUGGACCACUCCAGUGGCUCGAUCGUGUUCUCACACAAAUGGGCUCUCCACGAAUGCCAUGCAGUUCAAUGUCCUAAAGAGGAUGUUUGUUCUUUUCUUUUAAUUUAACUUCAGGAUGAUUUUCCUUCCAAAUGAAAGAAAAAUGGAAAAGAGGAAUGCGUGUGAGUAAAUACUAUAUAAUAUAUAUAUAUUAAAAAAAAAACCUUUUACUACCUACUUUUACCACUAUUAAUCAACCAAAUGACGAGAUAUAAUAUUGGGUGGGUGUAUGAGAAAUAUAAAUUGAUAAAAGAAAGAAAUAUACCAUUGAAGAGAAAGCACAAUAUUGAAAGAAAUUUUUUCUAUAAAAAAAAAACUUGCAAAAAAGUAACAAAAAAAAUGAUAAAAAAUAUAUCUUUAAAACAAAAUAAAAUAUCUUAAGUUGUGUAUACAUUAAUAAUGUUAAGAUAUUCAAAGAAAAGUUAUAGAGACAGAGAUCCUUACAAAAAAAAAGUAUAUAUAUCAACGAUAGAAUAUAUUUGGGGGAAUUUAAAGAAUUAAAUAAAAAUAAGAAUAAAAAUAUGCGGGAAAAUAAAAAAACAAAACAAAACAUUAACACGAUGACGUAGGAGAACAACUCAAUUUACCUCUAAACAACAACAACAAAAAAUGAAACACAACAAAUUGAAAAACGAGAUACACAAAAAAGAAAUAUUGCAAAAAAUAAAAAUAAAUAAAUAAAUAGAAGAAAAAAGCUUGAGUAAGUUUGCCCAAAAAUAAAAGGAACUUGAAAAGAUUAAGACAAAAACAAAUUAUAUUCUAUAUUACAUGUAAUACUUCAUAUAUAUAUUAUAUAUAUUUAAUGAAGAGAAUAUAGAAUUGAUUGAAAGUCAGAAGUAGUGUUGCACGUAAAAAAAAAACAAACAGUGUAGCAUGUCCCAUUUUUAUCUGUGUGCUCUGUAUGAAUGAAUUUUAAUGUGAGAUAAAAAAAACAAGAUUUUAUGAAAUGAAAAAAUAAAUAAAAUCUUGUCACAAAAUAUUUGUAUAAAAGAGUGUAAUGAGAAGAGUUUGAAAGAUGAAUAAUUUUCUAUUUGAACUAAAAUACAUUUUACAUGAUGGAUGCCAAGCAAAAGAAUAAAAUUCUAAAGGCAAAACUCUAAAAAAAACGUGUACCCAAUGAAACUCUUACGCGAUACCUGUUUAAAAAAAAAUGAAAAAGAGCAAAGGUUUGAUGAAGAAAAAAAAAUCCCUUGAAAAUGUCUCCUGAGCGUCUCAUACUCUGAUGAGACGUUCUUGUAUUAACUACUGUUGACCUGCAUCGCUACAACAAGACAAAAAAAACCAACACAAAAAGAGAAAUUAAGAUGAAAAAAAAUGUGUAUCUGUGUAUAAAAGCAAAUAAUGAGUAAAUUAAAAAAAAAGAAAAAUAUUUUAAUAAAUCUAAGAAAUAAGCCAAUAGAAUUUUAACGUGAGAUUUUUUCAUUAAAGAAUGUGUGUGUCAACUGCAAAAAAAAGAAUAUUCUUCUCAUUACACUUCCUAUCUUACAUCCUUAUCCUUAUAAAAUGAAAAAAGAAAACAAACAAAAAAAAUACUAAUCAUUAGAAAUAUUUGGAGUGGAAAAAAAUGAAAUAUUUUGUGUGUUGAAAUUAUAACUCUAUUAUAUAUUUAGAAAACGCACUGGAAUAUAUAAUUAGAAAGAGUCUUUUUUGAAGAUGAAGAAAAAAUUAUGAUGAAAUGGUAAAAAAAAUAUCUUAUAGAGUUCAUUUUGAUGUAAUUUCAUCUAUUUUUCACACAAAAGAAAACUUUAAAAGAAGUUUAAACUCUAAAGACGAGCUCAAUGUGAUUUUUGUCUUGAUAAAGAUUGAAUUAUUUUUUAAUGACACCAUUUACAUUAAUUUAAGAUCAAUGGCGCAAUAGCUAGAGGAAUGUACUAGCAUUGAAGAGGUCGCCGGUUCGAAUACAGAACCCGGCAAUUUUGCUCCACUUCGUUUCGAUAAAUUUUAUUUCAGUUAUUUUAUUAAUCCUGCCGCCAAAUUUUAAAAGACGGAAUUCCACAAAUGGAGGAAGAAUUAAUAGCAGAAGCUAUUACAACUGUUAAUAAAAAAAAUGUGUCGGAAGAGAAAUCUAAGGCAGAUACUCCAAUCAAAUAGCAAGGAAGUCUACAAAAAUAAAUUACAUUAGCGUAUAAAAUUCAGCUCAGAUUCAUACGAUUAAUUCUAGGGUGUGCUGUGUCCAACAAAUUUAUCAGAUUUUUCAGGAAUUUAUGGGUAAAAGUUCUAUUUUUUGCAUUAAUUUUCGUUAAAUUACGGAAGCUUGUUUUUAGCGCUAGAGGGCCGUACUAAUAGUGCUGCCAUCUAUUGAUUACUAUAAAAGGGAACAAAUAAGAGAAAAGUUUCUAGCAAAGAUUCAAUUGCAAAACUGCAUUGAUUAUUAAAUCUCUUUAAACAGCUUAAGAUGAAAUAGAUUUUUUGAUUCAUUAAAAAGAAUUUCAAUUAAGUCACAUUGAGUUCUGCUCUUGAUUGUAUUUCAAUGAUAAUGUCUUGUAAUAUUUGUGUAUAAAAAAAAAAUAGAGGUAAAUAAUUGUUUUUAAUAUCCAUUUUUGUCUUUUUAAAUUUAAUGAAAAAAAAAGUGACAAAAGCCAUAAAUAUUAUCUAAUAUUAAGUUUAUAUUUCAACAACAAAUAUUGAUUUUUAUUAGUGUCUUUUUUCUUUUUAAAAAUAAUGUUUUUUAUACAUUUUUUUUUGCUUUAACUAUGAGAUAAACAAAAAUUGAAGAUGAAUUUUUAUUUCAUGCAGAAAAAAAAAUUACAACACACUGUGAAUAAGAAAAGAAUUAAAAAAAAACAUUGUGGGACGAAAGUAACUGAUAAAAUUAAUGAAAAAAAAAAGAUAAGUUAGUGUUUUGGCAAAUGAUGUGUUUUAAUAAAAAAAAGGAGGAAAGUAUAAAAAAUUAUUAAGAAAUUGAGGGAAAAAGCUGGUAAAACUGGCUCAAAAAAAAUUAAAUCAAAAUUUUGUUAAAAAGUUUAUUAUUUUCAAAAAUUGGUUAUUUUUUUUAAAUAAAUUCAUCUAAUUGACUGUGCGAAUGUUGGGCAGGUAAUAGAGGAUAAAAUGAAAUUCUUAGAGCCGUGUCGAGUGAGGGAGAGUGAAAAGUACAAAAAAAACGGUUUUGCUUUUUAUCUAAAAAAAAAGAAAAUUAACUAAAACAAUUUUUUUGGUAAAAAUUUAUUUGGAAAGCACAAAUAUUUUUCAAAUUUGAUGGAAAAAGAGAAAUACAAAUUUCUGACGUAGAAAUUUCCUAUGGAAAUUGUUGACAAAAUGUUGCUAUUUGUAUACGAAAAAAAAACGGAAGCUAAGAGGAGUUUAAAAGUGAUGUGAAUUAGAAGAUGUGGGAAGAAAAAAAAAGAUGAAAAAGAAUUUUAAAGAGAGCAAUAAAUAAUUUUUUUGUAGAAAUAAAUGAGAGAAAUGAUUGACAGCAAGAAAAGUGAUAAAAUAAAAAUUGUUUCAAAAAGAAUUUGAGAUGGCAAAAAAUGGUAGCAAAAUGCAGUACAAAGUGCUGCAAGAAUUCAUCUUCAAAUUUAAUUUUAUAUUAUAUUUUUUUCAUUAUAUUUGAAAAAGGAUUUUUUUUAUUGUGAAAACAAAGAAUAUAUAACUAUUAAUAUAAAAAUAAGAAAAUGUUGCAAAAAUGCCUUUUUUAUUUCUUAUUUUUUCAAAGACAUUCAAGCGUUUCUUUUUUAUUUUUUUUGAAUUGCAUAGAGAUUAUUAAAAAAAAAUGAAUAACUUUUAGCCAACAACUUCCUAACAAAAUAUAUAAAAGGUAAACAAGAAAAAGAAAACGUAAUGCUGCCACAAAAUAGACCAGAAAAUUACAUUUAAAAGAAAAAAAUUUAAAAUAUUUUUAAAAGAAAAACCUUGCUGAGGAAUCUUUACCCCGAAAUUAAAAAAAAUAAAUAAAACAUUGUAAAGAAAUGAUUUUUUACAGAGAAUAGUGGAGUAAAAGAAUGAGCAAUAGAAAUGAAAUUUUGGUAAAAAUGAAAGAAAGAAAAAAGAGGAAACACAAUUUUUACCCAGAGAAAGAACAUUCAGUUACAGCAAAUGUAAAAAAGGAAAAAAUUUAUUAAUUCUGUCAUGUAUUUUAUAAGAAUUCAUUGCAUAUUAAUAAAUAAAUCCUUAAAAGUA